CAGUAAGGUUGUCUUUCCACAGCCAUAGGCGACCCAAGAGAAGGGGAAGGAGAUGGAAGAGGGGGACCCAGAAGGGCCUGGAACAGGCAAGAGAUCAAGGGAAAGUCCCCAACCCACCCAGGCUGGGAGUGGUGUUGAAUCCAGGGAAAGAGCCGUGCCAGGGAUCCUGUCUCAGGACACAAUGACUGCAGAUGGACACAACCGAUGCUUCCGGAAGUUCCUCUAUGAUGAGGCUGAUGGACCCCGAGAGGUUUGCAGCCAUCUCCAUGAACUUUGCAGCCACUGGCUGGAGCCCGAGAGGCGCACCAAGAAGCAGAUCCUGGACCUGGUGAUCCUGGAGCAGUUCCUGACCAUCCUGCCCCAGGAAAUGCGGUGCUGGGUGAAAGAAUGUGAGCCAGAGACCAGUUCCCAGGCAGUGGCCCUGGCCGAAGGCUUCCUCCUGAGUCAGGCUGAGGAGAAGAGGCAGGCAGAGCAGAUGUGGGGACCACCUGUAAAGAUGGAAGCGACGUUCUCUGAGGCAGAAGGAGCUUCAUCAGAGGAAAGUCAGAGGGCACAGACUCAGAAGUGUGCCCAAGAUGCCCUGUCAAGUGGUAAGGGAGCCUCCUGCCCAGAUGGGAUCGGAGAACCUAGUCGAGUUGUUGGGUGGAAAUUUUGCGACAGGAGAUAA